AAUAUCCACACAUCAAGUUCUUAAUUCACGCAACAACACUCAUCCUUCACAGAGAAUAGAUAAAAAAACAUGAAGAUUUUUUUGCUCUUCCUCCUAUUCAUCUUCCCAGUCAAUGCCAUUCGCCUCACAAGUAUCAUCCGACUCUCCAACCUAAUCGACCACACAUGCAAGCAGACACCUUACUACGAACUUUGUGUCUCCACUCUCAAAUCCAACCCCAAAAGCGCUGAUGCAGACAUCUGCGGGCUAGCUAAGAUCAUUGUGACAUCACUUGACUCCAAGGCAUCUGACGCCCUUGAUCAGAUCAAUGACCUUCUCCAGGACGAGCUCACCCUAGACCCAGCAACAGAACAAGCAUUGGGUGUAUGUGCAGAACGUUACAAUGUGAUCCUAAAUGGAGACAUCCCGCAAACCAUGGCUGCAUUAGACACAGGAAACUACAAAUUUGCACAGAAAGGAACAAAUGAUGCUGCUGUUGAGGUCAGUGCGUGCGAGAAAGAGUUCACGGGCAAGAGUAAAUCGCCACUAUAUGAGUUGAACAAGGAGGUCCGCCGUAUAUCCAUUGUUGCUGCCGCAAUUGUGAAGGUUAUAAUAAACUCCUAGAGAGUUUUUCUGAGUUCUCUUUGCAAUAAUGGCAGCGGCCGGAGACUGGUUUUCUCUCGUAAUAAGGUUAACUGUUGUUCGCUAAGAGAUUGAAGUCUUCCAUUGAGUUGCUUUGUCUUCGUUGAUAUCAAUAUUUAUUUAUACAUUUUUUUUUUCCUUCAAUUGAAAUAUCACAUUGGCAGUAUCUUUAAUCAAUGAAAAAUUAACAC